UGACUUUUAAUAUAUCGCUGCUUAUAUUUAUAUUGUGAAGGGUCAAUGGUUUUUGUUAGUAUAGUAUAGUGAUCUGUGAGUUCAGUCGGAUUUUCAUUUAGAUUCUAGAGCGUGUCAACUGUUGAGUUUUCCACCUUUGUCUUCUUUCGUUUUCACUGAACAGAAAGGUUUUUACAUCGACCAGUUUGAAUUGAACUCAAUAUGUGUGAGGAAUGAGUGAAAAUGAGGAAGCAGCUAGGUCUACUGGAAGGGGUCGCUAUAAUACUCGGGAUAAUUUUCGGUAGUGGUAUUUUUAUAUCGCCCAGAGAAGUAAUAGAAAAAACUGGAUCAGUAUGGGGAGCUUUGUCCGUGUGGGCAGCUUGCGGAGUGCUGGCCACGCUUGGAGCUCUAUCAUAUGCUGAAUUAGGCACAACCCUGGCACAAAGUGGAGGAGAUUAUCAUUAUAUCAACGAAGCAUAUGGAUCAUUGCCUGCAUUUUUAUACCUCUGGGAUGCUAAUUUAGUAUUUGUGCCAAGUACCAAUGCAAUCAUGUCGUUGACUUUUGCCAGUAAUAUCCUGCAGCCAAUAUUUCCUAAUUGUACAAUAGACCCACUGUGUCGGAAAUUGAUCGCGGCUGUCACUAUUUGUUUCCUCACCUUCAUAAACGCUUACGACGUAAAGUUCACUACACGCGUCCAGAAUGUGUUCAUGUUCACAAAGAUAUCUGCACUAGUCAUUAUUAUUGGUGGAGGCAUUGUUUGGAUGGCUGGAGGAGGCACUGAACAUUUCGAAGACGGUUGGGCUGGCACCAAGCCUUCCAUCAGCGACUGGUCCGUGGCGUUUUACUCGGGAAUUUUCUCUUAUUCAGGCUGGAGCUACCUCAACUUCAUGACAGAGGAGCUAAGGGAUCCGUUCGUGAAUCUGCCGCGAGCGAUUUAUCUGUCGUUGCCCCUGGUUACGGCGAUCUACCUACUGGCGAACGUGUCUUACAUGGCAGUGCUCGGACCUGCUGGAGUCAGAGCCUCGGAAGCUAUUGCUGUUGAUUUCGCCGUGUUGGCUCUGGGUUGGAUGCGGUGGGCGAUGCCGACGCUGGUCGCGGUGGCCGUGCUGGGCGGCCUGUCGGUGCACAUAAUGACGUCAUCGCGCAUGUGCUUUGCGGGCGCGCGCAACGGCCACAUGCCUGAGCUGCUGGCUCACAUCAACGUCAAGUGUAUGUCGCCGAUGCCUUCGCUCGUGUUCCUGAUGCUGGUAUCCCUUAUAAUGUUGGUGCCGGACAACCUGACGUCUCUCAUAACGUAUUGCACCGUGGUGGAGUCCUUCUUCACCACGCUCAGUUGCAGCGCCGUGCUUUGGCUGCGGUAUAAGAGACCGGUCCUUGUUAGGCCUAUUAAAGUGUCACUCUGGAUGCCGAUCGUGUUCGUGACGACGUGUUUGAUACUGUUAGUGGUGCCGAUAGUGAGCGAGCCCGUGGCCGUGGUGGCCGGCGCCCUGAUGACGCUUGCUGGAGUGCCCGUGUACUACCUCCUCGUCCAAUCCAAGCCCAAGGUCGUGAGGGACAUCUCUGUUAAAUUCACCCAUGUGUGCCAGAAACUGUUUAUGUCUGCUGUCGAAGAUAAGGAAGAAUAAAUUGAGUGAUAAUACGCGCAACUUGUUGAAUUCUCCUAAUCAAUCACAAUCUCUCCGUAGUCUCAUAUUUUUAUUCGUUUUAAUUUAAAUCAUGGGUCAAUUUAUUUAAUUUAAUUCAAAUCAAUAAAUCGUUCCUGAUGAAUCACAUUUUAUAGGUAUGUAAAAUGUACUAUACUUUAGUUUCUCUUAGUUCGCUCAAAGAUAAACAGGCUUUUAGUACAAUUUAUGUGACGGAACUAGUUUCCUAGGAAACCCUAGCUUAAGGCACAGUUUCCACCUAAGCGGAGCAACAGUGGAAAAAAACGUCAUCUUUUAAAAAAUCUAAUUGAUCGAUUGAACACGUCUCUCCGCUCCGCUUAGGUGGAUACCGAGCUUAAGGGUGAACAAUCAACAUUGAGCUAUACUGCGCUAUGUUGUACUCAGCUAAGCUAACUUUCUGGUGCUAUGUUUCUUCAACGAACAACAUCGUGCUGCGUGACUGCGAUAGCGUGACAUGCAUGCGUACAAGUGCAAGUAAGAUGGAAGACUGAGCUAGAUGGGCAAUGCGAUGCCGAGCGAGCCAGCAUGUAUCCAAUGAUUCUUGCUGUUUCAAACACAGCACAGCCGUACAAAGCGCACCGCAGCUGGGUUCGUUAGUAUCUUCAUUAUGAUUUAAGAGGAGCGAUAGAGCAAGCGCAGCAUAGCUUAG